CACCACCACUAAGUCUGGUUGUCCUCAUUUCCAUGUCUUUCCUGUGCCUCAUUUUUGCGCUUUCUUUUCUUCUGUAGCUGUCCCUUUGUUAUCUUCUAAAUUUUGGGUUCUUGAAAGAAUGUCAGUGAAGCUUUACAGACUCUCCAUUCUUUGCUUCUUCAGAACCAAGCUUGAAUAUCCUCCGAGAAAUGGCUUCUUCUUUACAAGAAUUGCUUACGGAAGAAGGAUUUGAGAGAGGGAAGUCAUUGAAGAAUCCUAGAGAGGUCAGGCUUAGAAACACAAGUAGAGCACCAGAUGAGUCCGUAGCACUGCCUAUGUACAUCUGCCAUGAUCGAAAAAGCUUGGGAAAAUCCAAGCACAAGGCUGAGAAGACUGUUAUCCCAAAUGGGUCCUCAGUGUUUUCAUCUAGGAGGUUGUCGAAUUCAGAUAGAUCAAAAUCUAAAUCAUUGAUAAAAGAUGGUCCUUCAAAUAGAGAUGAGCCUGCAAUCGAUGACGUUGCCAUUAGAGCUGUAAUAUCUAUACUCGGUGGCUACGUUGGUAGGUAUAUUAAAGAUGAGAGUUUUCGUGAGAUGAUCAAAGAAAAGUGCAACUCUUGCUUAGUGAGGAGAAAGAAUGGUUCGGAUAAUGGGAUUUUUGUGAAUAUGGAACUUGGUAUUGAGAGCAUAGACAAGUUAGUGGAGAAUCGUGGGAACAAAAAGGAACUCAGAAUGAAAUCAUUGAGGAAUUCGAUUAGGCUUUUGAGCAUCGUCGCUUCCUUGAAUUCUAAGAAAUCAAGGGAUGGUUCAACUUGCGGAGUUCCCAAUUCUCAUCUUUCAGCAUGUGCUCAGUUAUACUUAUCUAUAGUUUACAAGCUCGAGAAGAAUGAUAGGAUUUCCGCCAGGCAUUUGCUUCAAGUUUUUUGUGAUUCAGCCUUUCUAGCUAGAACCCACCUGCUUCCUGAUCUAUGGGAGCACUUUUUCCUUCCCCAUCUUCUUCACCUUAAAGUUUGGUACCACAAAGAGCUUGAAUUUCUCUCCAACUUGGAAUAUGGUGAGAAAGAGAAGAGAAUGAAAGCUUUAAGCAAGCUCUAUGAUGACCAAAUCGAUAUGGGAACAGUUAAGUUUGCUAUGUACUAUAAAGAGUGGCUAAAAAUUGGGGCCAAAGCCCCGGCAGUUCCUACAGUGCCUUUGCCAUCAAGUCCCAGUUAUAGAUCAUCAAGAAGGAGAUCAUUUGAUUCUUAUGCUUCACAUUCUUCUAUCAACAAAAACCUAUAUCGAGCUGUGUUUGGUGCCACAACUGAGCGACAAUCCAUGGAGCUUGAUCAUCGAAUCAGAGCAUCAAUGGAUAUAUGUCGACUCGAGGAAGAAGAAAAUGAAUGUACAGAUGAUGAAUACUACAACGGUUGCAAUUAUGUUCAUAACAAGACGAAGACACGUAGAAGGUCAUCAAGCCAGAUUUCUAGAACUCCUAAAACUGAAUCAUGGACUGAGACACGGAAAUCAGAUCAUUUUAGGCUGUUUACCUGCCAAACUGGGCCGACAGAAUGCUUGGUAAAUGGAAAAAGCGUUGUCAGAAAUAAUUCAACGACAAAGGAGGAAAAGGUCCGUCUUCCUUUGAGUGAUCUAAGUAAAGCCAUUGCUACUAUUUGCUCUUCAGAUAGUCUAAGUGACUGUGAAAUUGCAAUCCGGGUAAUGACCAAAGCAUGGUUGGAGUCACAUGCUGAUCCUGCCAUAGAAACUGCAUUAGCAAAGGCACCUGUUAUCGAGGGAAUCCUUGAGGUUUUGUUUGCUUCCAGUGACGAUGAAAUUCUAGAAUUAGCAAUAUCAAUUUUAGCAGAAUUUGUAGCUAGGAAUGAGGUGAAUCGGCAGAUAAUACUUAACUCAGAUCCACAGCUUGAGAUCUUCUUAAGACUAUUAAGAAAUAGUAGUCUAUUUUUAAAGGCUGCUGUGCUGCUUUACUUGUUAAAGCCAAAGGCAAAACAGAUGAUAUCGACUGAGUGGGUUCCGUUAGUUCUUAGAGUUUUAGAGUUUGGAGAGCAGUUGCAGACUCUAUUUACAGUAAGGCGCAGCCCUCAAGUCGCAGCAUUUUACUUCCUAGACCAACUUUUAACAGGUUUUAAUGAAGAUAGGAACUUAGAGAAUGCUACUCAAGUAGUUUCGCUUGGGGGAUUGAGCCUCCUGAUAAGAAAUUUUGAGAUAGGCAGUGUACUUGAGAGGAAUAAUGCCGCCUUGAUCGUAUCCUACUGCAUUCGAGCGGAUGGAAGCUGUCGAAACUACUUAGCUGAUAAAUUGAACAAGGCAUCUCUAAUUGAACUUAUUGUUGUGAACCGCAAUGGUUCUAAUGGUACUGUCGUUGCCUUACUAGCUGAGCUACUCUGCCUAAACAGAAGAACACAGAUAACAAAAUUCUUAAAUGAUCUGAUGAAUGGAUGGGGAGGCUUGAAUUCCAUGCACAUCUUAUUAGCAUGCCUGCAGAGAGUUCUACCAGAAGAACGGCCCCUGGUUGCAGCCAUCUUAUUACAGCUUGACCUUCUGGGAGAUCCUUUGAGAUGCAGUGUCUACAGAGAAGAAGCAGUGGAGGCAAUUAUAGAAGCUUUAGAUUGUGAAAAAUGUAAUGAAAAGAUUCAAGAACACUCCGCUAGAGCUCUCAUGAUGCUGGGAGGCCGGUUUUCUUGCAUGGGAGAGGCAACAACAGAAAAUUGGCUUUUGCAACAAGCAGGCUUUCAUGAAAAGUUAGAGGAUUCAUUUCACAGUAAGGAAAUAGUUGAUGACAUCUUGCAUGAAGAGGAGGAAGCAAUAGAACAUUGGCAAAGAAAAGCAGCAAUUGCUUUGCUAAACAGUGGCAACAAGAGAUUCUUGGCCUCUCUUUCAAAUUCUAUGGCCAAGGGCAUUCCUAGUUUAGCACGAGCUAGCCUCUUAACUGUUUCCUGGAUGAGCAGCUUUCUCCAUUCAGUUGGAGAUAAAGAUUUCCAGUCCAUGGCAUGCUCCAUACUUGUGCCACAGUUGCUAGAAUCCUCAAAUUACAACCAAGCACUUGAGGAAAGGGUGCUUGCUUCUUUCUCAUUGCAGCGACUCAUAAAGAGUUCAGGUAUGGUAAACUCUUUGACAUUCUCAAAGCUAGCCCUGGGCAAUUAUACUUCUCUUAUGUCCUAGAAGCAUUAUGGUAUCUUUCUUGCCUCUUGUCAUCCCCAAUGAAAUUUUUGCAAAUUCAUCUGACACUGUAAUCACUAAAUCCUUCAACCACUUAAAAAUGGAAUGCCUUGAGUUAAUAAAAUUCCAAUGAGGAUCACUGUGGUAAUUAAACUUCUGCAAAUCAUAUACUCAGUUAACUUUUAAAUGCUGGCAGGAGUUGGAAUUUCAAUACUUUUCCUAUCCAUUGAAUUUUUAGUAUUGCUAUAUUUUGCUCCCUCCUUGACAGUUCAUUCUGUUCAACUUUGAUAGAAUAUACCUCUAUUAUUUCGUCCCUGGAUGAAACAUUGGUGAACCCUCUUAGCAAUCCUUAAUCACAAGUUAAUGAGUUUAUUCAACCGUCACAAGCACUGCAAGGCAUCGAUUCGUAGCCUGAACUAAAAGCCUAGAAGGUCUGGCCAGUUAAAGAAAUGAAAGAAAUAAUCUCAACUCUUGAUUCUAAAGAGGUACUAUCGGAGGGUCUGAUCAUGGCCGGGACCUAUUUGUUAGAGGAUGAUAAGUUGUAGUUCAUUCAAAUUCCUUCUCAUCUUUUGAGAGUGUAUGUAAAUGUUGUAACAUACAGCAAAAUAUUUGAUACUUUACAGAACAAUAGUGAUUUAGAGAGAUUUGAAAAGUUGGUUUCCUUAAAUAAAGAAUGAAACAAAAAAUCUCUUCUCUUCAAGGGAAGACAUGAGUUGCAGUGUUUUAGUGACAUAACAGAUAAGAAUUUAAUGGCUUCUGGUUCUUGCCUUAGCAAUGUUUACUCAUUUGUUUCAAAACCCAUGGAGAAGGGUUGUGAUAACAA